AUGAAUUCACAAUAACAGUAAUAGCUGGAAAACCCAUAACAAGUAACACCUUAUCUCCAGCAAAUCAUAAGCCCUGCAUAAUAAGGCAAACCCGAUGUGGGUAUCAGAAAUCUGUUUAACAAACCCACAGAUUCUAAGCUUAACAAUUCAAGCCUUGAGAAUCAAGAAAACUAAAACUUAAAUAUGGAGGGAUCAGAUGGUAAUGAUCCAGGAUGGAGAUAGGAAUCCUCAAGGAAUUCAUCAAGUGAAAGCGAUAAAGAGUUCAUAGAUGAAAACGUCAGAAACGCAAUAGAACUUAGACAGAAGAAAUCUAAAGUCACUGACUUCUAUCUUAAAUUAACUGAGCUUAAGGAUAGAAUAGAUAGAGAAUAAUAGCAAGCUCUUAACUAGUCAUAGCUAACCAUGGCCUCUGGUAAAAAAGACAAAAAGUCAUCGUAGAAGCAAUAGCGAAGCACAAUUAUGGCAGGAAUAGAAGCCUUCAUAAUGAAUCAGUUAUAAAAAAAUAACAUAUAAAUUGAUGGCGAGAGAAACACUAAAUUGAGCACUCUUCCUCAGACAAACAAAAAUAAAAAGCUAUUAUAAUCUCAGUAGACGCAUAGUUUGAAGAAUCUUAUAGAUAAUAUCACGAUGGAUGCUCAAUAAAACUCAAAUUUGAAGAGGACUGUAACCAAUACAAUUCAAUAAAGUGGUUAUGAGUACGGUUCUAGCUAAAUAAGCAGGAAAAUGACGUAAAAGUCAAGAAGGUCUCCUCAGGAGUAAACUAGAAAUAAAAAUAAAAUAGAAAUCGGUAACAAUGUUCUUGAGCUGUCAGCUGAGAGUGAUAGUGUUCAUAACAGAAGCAGUUAAGUGAAUAGAAGUUAAAUCAAAUCAGAUUCAAAGAAGUCUUAGAUCAAUUAAAGACACCGAAGCAGAAAUAAUGGUUAGUCACCUAUAGGAAUAGAAAUUCAGAGACAGAAUUAAUCAUCCUAAAAUGUUUCAUAAGACUCACAAUAGAGGAACAAGUAGUUUUUCCUUAAUGGCUCUAUGUUGACAAGUAUUGAUGCUUCAGCAAGUACCAGACGGAAGUUUGUUAAUCAUUAAGAUAUAAAGUAUGCAAUGAAAAGGUAGUAAAAGACAUUGAAUCAAUCCGUAUUUCAAGAUGUAUUCGAGUAAUAUGAGAAAUAUAAUACGAAAAGUUUAGACCGAGACAAAAGUGUGGAAAGUUCCUAGCAAGGUAAAGGAAAGAAAGAGUAUUCUAAUCUUCAAACGAUCAGUAAAACUAGUUAAUAAGACAAUAGUAAGAAGAGAUUUGUAAAACUUAAUAAAUCGGUGUAAAAGGUAUAUCUUGCUGAUCCUAAUCCAAGUAGCCAAACAAAGAUCUUACCGAAAUAUGAUGUCAACAGAUCCACAGAAAAAAUAGCAUAAGCAUAUAACAAGUUUAGGGAGACUCCAAUAUCUUUAACAGCAAAAGCUAAUAUGAAGAAUUUUAACUUUGAUAAUCGAUUCCCUGGAGUUAAAUCUAACCUUCCGACUCUAGCUGGUUCUGUAGUCAUCAGCAGUCACGAUGAUUAUAAAGACAUUUAUACAAAGGAAAGAAGUAAUCUUCCUGAAAUACUCUCAAAGAGAAAUUCUCAUCAGCCAUUUUAAUAAAAGAAUCCAUUUGGGCAUACAGUGUAUUAAGGUGGAUCAUCCACGAGAGCUAACAUAGUCUCAAGGAAUCAUUAUAAUAACUUACACAUAUCAGCCGAAAAAAAGAAAACUGGGUCUACUUACAAUAUUCAUCAAAGCAAAAGUCCGAUUAGAGCUUCUAUCAAUAAAAUUGCUAAUUCUACUUAGAAGUACUUCAGGAAUUUGAACUCAAAAUUUGAUAUCAUUAAGUAUGGUUAUGAUCAGGCCUAUCUUGAGAGACUCUAGAAUCUUUAGGAGCAACAAAUAGGCAAGAUUGAAAAUGAGAUUAGCAAAUACCGAGAAAAAGUAUUCGUUCAAAAUAGUUAGAGAUAGACAAAUAUCAACCUAUCUCUUAGAGAAAACAUUUUAACAAAACAGAAUUAGCAGACUUAGUGA